CCCGCGCGCCAACCACCGGACGCUCCGCCCACUUAUCGCGAGAGCCUAGACACCGAGUCUCGCGAGGACUGCCAGGCUUCCUUACUGAAGCUUCGGAGCGCGAGUUGCCGGCGGGAGCUCAGUGGAUACUUUCUUACGAAGUCUGCGUCUAGGCGCAGGAGCCAUCUAUUGGAGACAAUGUCUGGAAGCUUCUACUUCGUGAUUGUUGGCCACCAUGAUAAUCCAGUUUUUGAAAUGGAGUUUCUGCCACCUGGAAAAGCAGAAUCCAAAGACGACCAUCGUCAUCUGAACCAGUUCAUAGCUCACGCUGCCCUUGACCUGGUGGAUGAGAAUAUGUGGCUGUCAAACAACAUGUACUUGAAAACUGUGGACAAGUUCAAUGAGUGGUUUGUUUCAGCGUUUGUUACUGCAGGCCAUAUGAGAUUUAUUAUGCUUCAUGACGUAAGACAAGAAGAUGGAAUAAAGAACUUCUUUACUGAUGUCUAUGAACUAUACAUAAAGUUUGCAAUGAAUCCAUUUUAUGAACCAAAUUCUCCUAUUCGAUCCAGUGCAUUUGACAGGAAAGUUCAGUUUCUUGGGAAGAAACACCUCUUAAGCUAAACAAAAAAAUUUGGAAAUAAACAGUGUCGCCACAAUGGAAUAUACUCAGGAAUGUGUACAUUGUAAGUUACUUGAUUAAAUAGCCUGGGAAAGUUUUACUUGUUGUAUCAAUCUAUCUAAACCUAGUAAAAUUCCUUAUAGUUAAAAAUAGUACAUUUAGUUUCUUAGAAUUACCAAUAGAUUAAUAUUUGCUUCUGAACAGUUAUUUAUAAGGAUUUCUUUAUCAAUAUCCUUGAAAUAUCUUUGAAAAUUUGAGAAUAGGCUUUUGACUUUCCUCAUUCAUAUAGCUUGAUCUUGAUGUAACAAUCCAGAACCAAAUGUCAUUGUCAAGAUUUGGUAGUCAGAUUUAAAACUAAAGCAUCUGCAGUGAGGAAUAAAGUUGGUAGGACAUACAUGGGCUUACCCAUACAUCUAGAGAUGAUAUAAAAAUGUAUACAGUGCCCAGUGCCACGUACCUGCCCCUGUCCGAGACGGGACAGUGAUCCUGCUGUCAUUCUGAAAUCCGGGAUCCAUGUCUGUAAAAUGGGAGACUGGGCCCAAAGGGCCAGGUUGUGUUCUUUUAUUGCCUUUCCCUUAGACAGUAUGCUAAAGAUUUAACGAACCUGUUGAUACCUGUUAGUAAAAAGCUGGAAGACGAUUUUAGAGUUGUAAACACAGAAAAGCUUGUAUUACAUUAGCAUGUGCACUCCUAGUCUUUUAAGCUGUGCAUUGGAGGGGGCAGGAGGGGGCUUUUUUACUGUAAGGCGUGUGGGACCUUACUGUAAACGAGUAGAUGUCAAUCGAAAAGCAAGUAAUAUAAAGACAUACUUUCCAUGCUACUUGUGAGCACUUGAAGACUUUUGUUCCAUUCUGAAUAACUUGAGCAAGUAAUUCUAAGUGUGAUCUUGUAUCUUUGUGUGAAGUUACUACUAUGAUUUUUUUUACCCUAUUUAUUUUAUUUACUAAAUAAAGAUGUUUGUCCAA